ACGAGUCCGCAGGGUUACACCAAUCUAAUGACUAUUUGGGUUAGAUAAGAGGAAGAAUUACAUUUAUCUUAUUUAAUGAUUUUAGCAUGUGGACCUAAAUGAACCCAAAAUUGUUUUUCUUGUUUUUUUAACACAACAUGUCUCACCUCCAAAGUGCACUUUGUGCUGUUAAAACAAUACAAAUAUUAAAAGUUCACAUUCCUUCCCAUAGAGCAAGUAAAACAGACUGCAUGAUUCGCAAUCAAUUGAAUAUGUAUAUCAAUUAUCUUCUUAAAAAUCCCAAAAUGAAUCACUUUAACCACUGAACAUUUAAGAAUUAAGUCCAGAAAAUGUGAUAAGUAAUAAGUAGUAAUAAGUAUUUUUUUCUCAUUGUUAUUACAACACUAUAAUUGGAAUACGCUGGUACUUUAGUCAUCAGGCCAGCAGAGUGUCAUGUUGCUUGUACAGUAGCCAACCUAAGAGCCCAGUCAGCGGAGCAAGACAAAUACUUCCUCAGAAAAACCACAUCCUUCCUUUUUAGCGAGCAAACAGAAAAAACGUGCCUUCAUCUUGCCUCUCUGUAUGGCUUGUGCGCAUAAACUAUCAAGGACUUAAUGUGUCAUAUGGUAUAUACAGACAUCUUGUGUAGCUCUUUUCUUACAUGUACAUGCAAAUAAUGUAUUUCAGACAGAGAACACAGAGUUCAGUCUUGUGGACUCUGUAUAUUUCAAGCCAAAUGAAAAAAAAAAAAAAAUGUUGUUUCUGAUUUCUUCAUCCCAACGGACGUCAACAGGUUCCCGGCAAGCAGACUAAUACACAGAAACCUCUAUAAUCACAAGGUUCUCUCUUAGUCACUUACAGGUGGUUAUAAUGCCAGGUCAUCUCUCUGCCAGUCACCACUGUAGUUUUGGUGUUUUUGAGGCUUCAUGAUACUGCCCGCUCACCUGUAGGCCCGGCUCUGCAGUCUGCGGUGUCAGGAUCCUUGUCUGACCCGUUCGGCCUUUAGCCUGUGUUUUACCCGCCCAAAGUCUCCUUCUCCCUCAUGUGUCUGUCACCUCUGUUUGUUGUGUUGUGUUGCCACAUGCUCGUUGUGUGUGUGUUCUUGGUCUCUCCUCCAGACGCCGCCCGUUGCCACAGCCUGGAGCAGGACCCAGCCGACACAGAUGAGGACAGUGGCUGUAUUUCAUCCCUGCUCCUGCAGGCGUGGGCUGUCGGUCCGUUUCGUCUUCUUCCCCCGAGUUCCAGUACUCCACUUGCCUCCGACGUCGUGCCACGGGACUCACGCCCGGGAAUUGUCUUUUUGGGACAACGGAUAAAACGGAGGAUCGGAAGAUGCGUGUCGUAAGAAGAGCGUAAAUUAACCGCUGAAUUUCGGACGUGCCGAGAUGAAGAAAGGCUGCCACUCAAUUAGGAUGUUUCUGAGUCUCCCGCUCGGAGGGUCCCAGGUUGCAUCUGUUCUCACACUCUCGUCCACGAUGAAGCCAGACGUUUUUGUUUUUACUUUGCUGUUCAGUCCCUACUUCCUUUCUCCCGUUUGUCCCAUAAACUGCAAUGAAACACAGUAUGACUGGCCAAUGGACGGACCCCAGCUGUGCUGUAACAAGUGCCCUCCAGGGGAACAUAUGGUGCGGCGUCCAGUUAUAACUUGCGGAAUUGAGUGUCGCCCCUGCCCUGGUGCCCUGUACAUUGAUACCUACAACGUGGAGAUGAGCUGCGAAAUUUGCCAAAAAUGCGAUAAACCACACAUGGAGUAUUCCUCGCUAUGUAGCACGACUCGUAACGCUGUGUGCAAAUGUAAAGCUGGCUACAGAUGCAUAGACGCUUCCUGCAAAGAGUGUGAGGCGAUGCCAUCCACCACCACCAAACCCACGCUCCCUCCAUCCACUACAGGAGAUAUUACCACUCAAUUGGAACCUUCUCAACCAGUCAAUGGGAUCACGAUGGUUGCUGUAGCAAAAAUCAAGCCUUUUUUACUGUGGAUCAAAUCUAAACAUGGCUACGUUUUGGCUAAAGAUCCCCAACCAGCAUCGCGAUGCUCCGAAGAUGAGGAAGUAUCUGCCCCCAUUCAGGAAGUUCUUGGGAAAUGCGAAGUAUGAGUUUAAGGAGCCUAAACUUGAUGAGAAGGGAU